GCCGCCGCCAUGGACUGGCAGCCGGACGAGCAGGGCCUGCAGCAGGUCCUGCAGCUGCUGAAGGACUCGCAGUCGCCCAACACGGCCACCCAGCGCGUGGUGCAGGACAAGCUGAAGCAGCUGAACCAAUUCCCCGACUUCAACAACUACCUGAUCUUCGUGCUGACGCGGCUCAAGUCCGGCAUCCUCAUCACCACCAUCGCCUCCAAGGGGGAGCUGCAGAUGUGGCCGGAGCUGCUCCCCCAGCUCUGCAACCUCCUCAACUCCGAGGACUACAACACGUGUGAGGGGGCCUUUGGGGCCCUGCAGAAGAUCUGCGAGGAUUCCUCCGAGCUGCUCGACAGCGACGCGCUCAACCGGCCCCUCAACGUCAUGAUCCCCAAGUUCCUCCAGUUCUUCAAGCACUGCAGCCCCAAAAUCAGGUCCCACGCCAUCGCCUGCGUCAACCAGUUCAUCAUGGACCGGGCUCAGGCGCUGAUGGAGAACAUCGACACCUUCAUCGAGCAUCUCUUCGCUCUGGCGGUGGAUGAAGACCCCGAGGUGAGGAAGAACGUCUGCCGGGCGCUGGUGAUGCUGCUGGAGGUCCGCAUCGACCGCCUCAUCCCCCACAUGCACAGCAUCAUCCAGUACAUGCUGCAGCGGACGCAGGACAGCGACGAGAACGUGGCGCUGGAGGCCUGCGAGUUCUGGCUGACGUUGGCCGAGCAGCCCAUCUGCAAGGAGGUGCUGACCUCCCACCUGGUGCAGCUCAUCCCCAUCCUGGUGAACGGCAUGAAGUACUCGGAGAUCGACAUCAUCCUGCUGAAGGGUGACGUGGAGGAGGACGAGGCCAUUCCUGACAGCGAGCAGGACAUCAAGCCCCGCUUCCACAAGUCCCGCACGGUGACGCUGCAGCACGAGGAGGAGCGGCCGCAGGACCCCGACGACGGGGAGGAUGAGGAUGAUGACGACACACUCUCGGACUGGAACCUGAGGAAGUGCUCGGCGGCCGCGCUGGACGUCCUGGCCAACGUUUUUCGGGAAGAGCUGCUCCCCCACCUCCUCCCCCUGCUCAAGGAGCUGCUUUUCCACCCGGAGUGGGUCAUCAAAGAGUCGGGAAUCCUGGUCUUGGGGGCCAUCGCGGAAGGCUGCAUGCAGGGCAUGGUGCCGUACCUGCCGGAGCUGAUCCCCCACCUCAUCCGCUGCCUGUCGGACAAGAAGGCCCUGGUGCGCUCCAUCGCCUGCUGGACCCUCAGCCGUUACGCCCACUGGGUGGUCUCCCAGCCCCCCGACAUGUACCUCAAGCCCCUCAUGACCGAGCUGCUCAAACGCAUCCUCGACAGCAACAAGCGGGUGCAGGAGGCAGCCUGCAGCGCCUUCGCCACGCUGGAGGAGGAGGCCUGCACGGAGCUGGUGCCGUAUCUCAGCUUCAUCCUGGACACGUUGGUCUUCGCCUUCGGCAAAUACCAGCACAAGAACCUGCUGAUCCUCUACGACGCCAUCGGGACCCUCGCCGACUCCGUGGGGCACCACCUCAACCAGCCGGAGUACAUCCAGAAGCUGAUGCCUCCGCUCAUCCAGAAGUGGAACGAGCUGAAGGACGAGGACAAGGACCUCUUCCCGCUGCUGGAGUGCUUGUCCUCGGUGGCCACCGCCCUGCAGAGUGGUUUCUUGCCCUACUGCGAGCCCGUCUACCAGCGCUGCGUCACCUUGGUCCAGAAGACGUUGGCCCAGGCCAUGAUGUACAACCAGCACCCCGAGCAGUACGAGGCCCCCGACAAGGACUUCAUGAUCGUGGCUUUGGACCUGCUGAGCGGUUUGGCCGAGGGUCUGGGUUGCCACGUGGAGCAGCUGGUGGCCCGCAGCAACAUCAUGACGCUGCUCUUCCAGUGCAUGCAGGACACCAUGCCCGAGGUGCGGCAAAGCUCCUUCGCUCUCCUGGGAGACCUCACCAAGGCCUGUUUCGUGCACGUCAAACCCUGCAUCGUUCUGGGGUGCUGUCCCCACCUCACCCCUGUCCCCUCCCCCUGUCAGGGGGGGACUCUCUGCGUUUCGGGUGCCCGUGACCGGAACGUCAACCUGUGGGACCUGCGGCAGCUGGGCCAGGCCCCCGGCAAAGUUCUGGUGAAGGCGCUGGGCACCGAACGCAACGGGACGCACAAGGGCUGGGUCUGGUGUUUGGCCUCUCGGGACAACAAGGUCUGCUCGGGUUCCUGGGACAGCACCGUCAAGCUCUGGGACCUGGAGGCCGAGGGGCAGCAGUUUGGGGAGAUCAGGGAGAAGGCGGCCGUGCUCUGCCUCUCCUACCGCCCCGACGUCCUGGUCACCGGGACUUAUGACAAGACGGUGACAAUCUACGACCCCCGAGCCGGCCCCUCCCUGGUGCGCAGCUACAAGCCCCACGCCAGCGCCGUCCUCUCCCUGGCAGCCGAUGACCGGCUCAUCGUGUCCGGCAGCGAGGACCGGACCCUCGUCGUCUUCGACCGUCGGGCCCAGGGGGUCCUGCAGCGGCUCCAGCUGGAAAACUACCUGCUCUCCAUGUCCUACCGGGGGACGCAGCUCUGGGCCGGGGACAACCAGGGCCGGGUUUACGUCUUCGGGAACAGCACUGGCAGCUUCCAGCCCGCCCGGUAUUUCGACGUGGGGCACCGGCUGCAGAUCACGGGGCUCUGGCACUCGAUGGGGUCCCUCUACACCACGUCCACCGACCGGACGCUGCGGAUACACGUCCCCACGGACCCUCCCCGCACCAUCUGCUCCUGGACGCACGACGACGUCCUCAACGGGGUGAGGAGGUGACAGCUCCCCUUUGCACACGUGUGUGCACGCCCCCCUCUUUGCACACGUGUGUGCACGUGCCCCCCAUGCA